CUCACGAUAGCGACCGCUACCCUCCCAUGGACGCCUGAAGGCACAAGCCGACCGUGUGUGGGUGCCUUUAUUCCUAGCGACCGUAGCCAGGCCAUCUGGAGCCUUCUAGUUCUGCCAGCGGCGUUCACGCGUUUCGACGACUCCGAGCUCCAUGUCUCAAUCACCCAAGCAGACCCCCAACUCUGGCCCUUCUGUACAAGACGAUGGUCGCUUCAACUUCUCCACCGUGUCGCCUGUGCCGGAGGAGCCAUGCACCCCCGAUGCCGGCACAAAGACGACCGACUUCGCUUCUUUGCCACCGUCUAAUGCUGCACAUGCGGCUCUUAGCAACGAGGCAGCUUCAAGCGCCUUGAGCCCCUCUGCGACCGACCGAGUCUUUCCUAUACGCAGCGCCAUCAGCGUCGACCCUACCCCCACCCCCAAGGGCGGUCAUUCACAGGGUGACUACUUCCACCCAUAUUCAAGGACCAACGACUCGCGCUUCACGAGCGACUCGCGUAGGGCAUCGCAGGGCUCCACCACCUCACAGUCAUCACAUGCCUCACAACGCAAUUGGAGUUUGCGCCACGGAGGGAACAAGCCUGAUGCGGGUUCCGACACCCAGCGUUCGUCUCUCAAAUCAAGCCAAAGAGGUGACAGCUCGCGGAUGGCCGCCCCCGUCCUGCCCCCACAACUGUUCAACGACCUGUCAUCAACAAAGUCAGGUGGAAGCGCACAGAAUGGCAGUCAAUCGCCAGGUUCCAAGGCCGAGCGUGCACCGUCGAUUGGAGGCGCUUCCGCUAGGAGCGGUAUAAGCAGCCUGGAUAUGGGCGGUCUGGUAACACACCGGUUCAAGCACGUCACGACCGAAGGGGGCCACAUGGUCAUAACAGGUCGUGAGGGCGAUACCCUGCAGCGCUGCGAGGAUGAGCCCAUCCAUCUUCCGGGUGCCGUGCAAGGCUUCGGCCUGCUGCUGGCACUGCAGGAUGAUCCUGAAGGGAGUCUGCUAGUGCGCGUCGUAAGUGAGAACUCUAAGCGCAUUCUUGGGCGUACCCCAAAGGAACUUUUCGCAUUAGAGAGCUUCACAGACAUUCUCUCCGAAGAGCAAGCCGACAACCUUUUGGACCACAUCGACUUCAUCAAAGACGAAGACUCCGACGUUACGUCCAACGGGCCCGAAGUCUUUACCAUGUCGAUCAAAGUAGCUGGCUAUAAUAGAACGCGCAAGUUAUGGUGUGCAAUCCACAUGAACGAGUCCAACCCUGGGCUUGUCAUCUGCGAGUUCGAGCUUGAAGAGGAUCCAUUGUAUCCCCUGGUUCCACCUAACGACCUCACGCCAGAGCUGCCGGAAGAUACUUUGUCCAGCCAGCCUACGGCCGAGGAACUGCUUGAAAGUACAGAAAUCAAGAGUAAACCCCUGCGGGUCCUACGCAGUGCGCGGAAACGAAAGGGCGAGGCUGCCGCCAUGGAGGUUUUCAACAUAAUGUCUCAGGUUCAAGAGCAACUGGCCGCAGCGCCAUCAUUGGAAAAGUUCUUAAAGGUUCUUGUCGGUGUGGUCAAGGAGUUGACUGGCUUCCACCGCGUCAUGAUAUAUCAAUUCGACCAAACGUUCAACGGCCGUGUCGUCACCGAACUUGUUGACCCUCGCGCGACCAAAGAUCUCUACAAAGGCUUAAAUUUCCCUGCCUCUGAUAUUCCAAAGCAGGCUCGAGAGCUAUACAAGCUCAACAAGGUACGUAUGCUCUACGAUCGCGACCUAACAACCGCAAGGCUUGUAUGUCGCACCGCCGAAGACUUAGAGAGCCCUCUCGAUCUCACCCACUCGUAUCUUCGCGCCAUGUCUCCUAUUCAUCUCAAGUACCUAGCGAACAUGGCUGUAAGAUCCUCAAUGUCCAUCUCCAUCAACGCCUUCAGUGAGCUGUGGGGUCUUAUCGCCUGUCACUCAUAUGGGCCACGCGGUAUGCGAGUGUCAUUUCCUAUACGCAAGAUGUGUCGCAUGGUCGGCGAUGCAGCGUCUCGAAACAUUGAAAGAUUAUCGUAUGCUUCUAGACUGCAGGCUAGGAAGCUCAUCAACACCGUACCGACGCAACACAACCCUUCCGGAUACAUCAUCGCCUCUUCUGAUGAUCUCCUGAAACUGUUCGACGCUGAUUUUGGUUUAUUGUCCAUCCGAGACGAGACGAAGAUUCUUGGCGUCCUGGAAAACUCACAAGAAGCUUUAGCCAUGUUGGAAUAUCUCAGGAUGAGGAAAAUUCAGUCGGUCAUGACUUCCAUAGAUAUUGUCUCGGACUUCCCCGAUCUGCGAUAUCCCCCUGGGUUCCAUAUCAUAGCGGGCAUGCUCAUCGUUCCUUUGUCGGUAGAUGGCGAGGACUUCAUUGUCUUCUUCAGGAAGGGUCAACUGAAGGAGGUGAAAUGGGCUGGUAAUCCAUAUGAGAAGUUCAUAAAAGAAGGUACCGAGGGCUACCUAGAGCCCCGGAAGAGUUUCAAGACAUGGUCCGAGACUGUUGUUGGAAAAUGCCGCGAAUGGACAGAAGAAGAGAUCGAGACCGCCUCAGUACUUUGCUUGGUCUACGGAAAGUUCAUAGAAGUCUGGAGACAGAAAGAAGCCGCCCUUCAGAGCAGUCAACUGACCCGAUUGUUGCUGGCGAACUCGGCACAUGAAGUACGUACACCGCUCAAUGCAAUCAUCAACUACCUUGAGAUAGCAUUAGAGGGCGCUUUGGAUACGGAAACGCGAGAGAACCUUUCGAGAUCGCACUCGGCAUCCAAAUCUCUUAUCUACGUAAUCAACGAUUUGCUCGACUUAACCAAGACGGAGGAGGGCGGACCACUCAUUAAGGGGGAGUCGUUCGAUUUCAGGGAAACAAUCAAAGAGGCUACAGAUAUGUUCCAAAAUGAUGCCAAACGGAAGAACAUUGCUUACGAAGUUAUCGAAUACCCGGGCCUGCCUACUCUGUGUAUCGGAGAUCAACGCCGAAUCCGCCAAGCAAUAUCAAAUAUCACUGCGAAUGCGAUUCAGAACACCACUCAAGGAAGCGUCAAAGUAGAGGUGUAUCUUGCAGCAAAACCGAGCAAAGAUCACGUGGAGGUGGAGAUUGCAGUAUCAGAUACAGGUGUUGGCAUGAGCCAGAAGAAGCUCGAUCAACUGUUCUAUGACCUGGAACAAGUCCAGUCCGAGCCCACUUCCAUGCUAGAAGAUGCUCUUGUGCCGGACAAGAAGCAGAUCGCAGAACAAGGCGAGAAGUCAACAUUAGGUCUUGGUUUGGCAGUCGUUGGGCGCAUCAUCAGAAACAUGAACGGUCAAUUAAGAUUGCGAUCAGAAGAAGGUAAAGGCACAAGAUUCGUCAUACAGUUUCCGUUCGACCUUCCAGAUGCCGAGGUCGAAGCUGUAUCGACAGCAGAGGCUUCGCCAGCUGGCAGCAUCACGCCUCAACCUGACGGUGUACUCUCGAGCAUCCUACCUGGCCCUGAGGAUGGUGAGCGAACUCUGAUUGCACCGAGCCUUUCACGCCACACUUCCGAUAGUGAGUCGAAAGACACUUCGAACGGUGUGGUGAUACGAAGGUCGAGUGCGGAGAGUUUGACAAGUAAAACUAGUCUACGCAGCUUCAAGAGCGGCUCAAGCCAGAGAAGUGACGUGGACAGACUUAUUGACGCUAUACAAGAGCCGCACAUGAUUGGCAGAGGCGAUGCCAGUCCUGGAGCACGUUCACUGAGACCUACUUUGACGAAACGCAACAGCCUUGAGCCUGCCGCUCCACGCAUGAGGUCUAGGAGUCUCGAACACAUCAGCAGUCAGUCUGUUGUUCCUCCACACAAGAGAAGCAUGAAUUCUGAACAUCCUGGCGAGGAAAGCGUUGGCGGUUCCGGUGCUCCUAUCACGGCAUUGAAGAUACCUGAUCCAGGCGGCGAUAGCCCGAUAGAUCCUCGGCCAAAACCUGGAAGCGUACUUGGAGAAGUACAGGGCGAUACGCCUAUCGAGCCUUCUGCUGAACCGGAGAAGCUGACUGUGGAUCACAUGCGCGUACUUGUUGCUGAAGACGACCCGGUGAACAGUCGAAUCGUGAAAAAGCGAUUGGAAAAGCUUGGGCACAAGGUUCACCUUACCGUCAAUGGCGAAGAGUGUUCGUCGGCGUACUGCGAUAAUUCAAAAGACAUCGAUGUUGUCUUGAUGGAUAUGCAAAUGCCAAUUGUCGACGGACUCACCUCAACCAAGAUGAUAAGAUCAUUUGAGAAGCUGCACCACGACAUAUACUCUGCUCGAGCUGCCCUCUGUGGACGCGUCCCUAUCAUUGCCGUCUCCGCUUCAUUGAUCGAGCGCGAUCGUCAACAAUAUAUCGACGCUGGGUUCGAUGCAUGGAUCUUGAAGCCAAUCUCUUUCGACCGACUCAACAAACUCAUGGCUGCUAUCGUUGACACCGACAUUCGAUACGACUGUCUAUACCAACCUGGAGAGUGGGAGAAGGGUGGUUGGUUCCAUAGCGGAAAGCACAGCGCUGACGAAGCCGACACCAAACCAUCGGGCGAAGCGCCCAUGCCCAACUCUUCAGAAGAGGUGGAUGAAGCGAUCAUGCGAUCGGAAGACCCAAUGGCUGGGGAAGAAAAUGAAGGAGGCGAUAUCCCUGAUGAACAAGAACGACUUUUGCAGAAUCAGGAAGAGGGAAAGACCGAACCACCACCUGAAGACGCCUCCGAACCCCCAGCUUGAGACACUUGUAAGACAUGUAUUUGAUCAUGUGUGUUAACAUCCUACUGCUGCCCGUCCAUCGCUCCAGCGCAUGUCGGUCCACCCGCAACAUGCGACACCUGCCACCCAUUGCCGUUGCCUGGCGAUGCGCCCGACGCGGAACGGUGUCACAGUCUUCCUUUCUCUGAGCGCCUCCACGACCC